AUGGUGAUUUGUAUCAGCUAUUUAAGACAUGACAAAAUUGAGAGAGUGAUCUGGAGCCUCGUAGAUGAUAGCAACAAAGAAAAAUUCAGAAAAAAGGAAAACCAAACAGUUAUCAAGGAAUUCAUCUUCCUGGGAUUUUCAAACCACCCUGACCUUAAGGGAUUGUUUUUUCUGUUGUUUUUAGUUAUUUAUUUGAUAACAAUCCUGGGAAAUACUUUCAUAUUAAUAGCAAUCAGAGUCAAUCCUGUCCUUCACACCCCUAUGUAUUAUUUCCUCAGCAAUUUGGCCUUCUUGGACAUGUGCUACACUUCCACCACUGUUCCCAUCAUUCUGGUGAAUUUAUUACAAGAGAAGAAGAUUAUUUCCUAUGAAGGUUGCCUGUCCCAGAUCUUUUUCCUUGUUACCUUUGCAGGCUCUGAGUGUGUCCUAUUGGCUGCCAUGGCUUAUGACAGAUUUGUAGCCAUUUGCCAUCCAUUACGCUACCCAGUUCUCAUGAGCAAGAGAGUCUGUGCCUACUUAGCAGCUGGGUCCUGGGUAUGUGGGUUAGUGAAUUCAGUGAUACAUGCAGGGCUAACAGCAACUGUCACUUUGUGUGGUCCAAACCAGAUCAGCCAUUUUCUCUGUGACAUCCCUCUAAUCUUGAAGCUCUCUUGCUCAGACACUUCAGUCAAUGAGUUCAUGCUCUAUGUGGCCAGUGCCACCAUUGGUCUGAGCCCCUGCCUGUUCACUGCUGUGUCCUAUAUGCUCAUUAUCUCUGCCAUCCUGAAGAUCCAGUCUGCUCAAGGGAGACAGAAAGCCUUCUCCACCUGCGCCUCUCACCUGACUGUGGUGGUCCUCUACUAUACAACUAUAAACUUCAACUAUGAUCGACCAAGCUCAGGCUACUCCUUGGAUGUGGACAUCCUGAUCUCUGUCCUCUUCUGUAUUGUUACUCCCAUGUUAAAUCCUAUCAUCUACAGUCUGAGAAACAAGGAAGUCAAGGUUGCCUUGAAGAAAGUGUUUGAAGGAUAUAUGUCAUCCUUCAGGUUUCUAGGUCAAUGA